UCUUAUCACAGUACAUUGUUCGUUGAUGCCAGCCAUCCCCCUGAAUUCUUCUCCGCGGAUUUAUUUCUCGUGUUUUGAUAUUCCAGUGCUGAAGAGCAUCGCCCUUUACAACAAUCGAUUAUCAACGAUCUAUGUUUACUCUGCUUUCAGCAAACAGAGGGUUUACUCGUCUGGUCAUAUCCUGAGACUGAGACUUGGCAUCACGCAGCCUAAAAGAAAAAAAUGCUGCUGAACUGGCAGAGGACAAACAUGAAAGCGCAAAUUAUUAGAACUUUUUUUGGCGGUUUUUUGGAGGAAAUAGUCUUGAGGCAGUUCUGUAGAGCAGUCCAGUCCCUGGUGUUCAGAGCAUCAUCACACAGUGGAUGCGGUGUUAUGAAUAAUGGGAAGCUGGAGAAUUCUUUUUGCGGAGUCUGUCUUGGUGUUUGUUGUGGUCGCAAGGCAGUGGUCAAACCUGACAGUGUUCAAAGACACCAGGACAUGGCAGGAGGCAGCGGGUAUCUGUCGACUUCUAGGGGCCAGCUUGUCCGGGUGGACAAUGCCAUGAACACCAUGCUGUCACGAGCUUCCACGAAACUUUCCAAAUGGUCCCAGUACACAUCAACAUCAAACAAAAUAUGGCUGGGCUGCACAACACCACCUCCUGCAGUGACAAUGUGACAAACACAGCUGUGGGUGUGGUGCAAGAUGGCUGCCUGGUGUGGGCGGACGGCAGCAGAUGGGACAUGUCAGUGGACUUCGGGAACUGCGUGGCGAUGGCUGCCUCCAGCUCCCACUACUGGGGAAGCGAGUCCUGCGCCACUCCACAUCACUACAUUUGUGAAGUUUUAGCAGGAGACUGUUCAUUUGUCACCGGUGCUGGAGAGUGUUAUGGCUCCUCCACCAACCUCAGCACUACGACGGUCGACUCGUGCAAAUCGACCUGCGACAAGCACGACCUCUGCUGGGGCUUCAAGUUCAACAACCUUGGUCUCUGUCUGAUGUACAACGGCGACGACCCUUUUGCCUGCAGCUUGAUACCAUUGAAAACCAGCACAGUCUAUGUCAAAAACUGUUUUAGCUUAAUGUUCAAAAGCCACACAGGCAUUGUGGCUAGCGACACCUCGCUGAAUGAAGAUUGUGAUCCCAUGACAAAUAAUGGGGACCAGAUGACCACAACAUCCAUUUACUCGGAACAACUUCCAGUAAUUUCCACGACCAUUCCGUCUGAACAUCUGGAAAACAGUCUACAGUCGGACGAAGCAACAUCAACAGCAGCCAUAUCUUUAGCUACUCCUGGUACCCGUAUGUAUGAGUCAGUCACAGCGACAGGCGUGACUGCUGAGCCUGCAGACCGGCUUGACGAUGGGCCGUCGGGUGUAUUGACAAGAGAUCACCUUCCCCUGCAAACUUCCAUGACAACCAAAUGGUCCAUCGUGCUAUCUGACCCAGACACUACUACAACCAGCUUGCAAAGUAAAGAUCAACUGGCAUCGGACAGUGCUGGAGCUGCUAAUCUGGUCCUUGACUCGCCAUUAAACACAGUUGGAAGUGAUGCCAUGGACCACUCCUUACACAGCUUUCUCUCUGUGACGAGUCUUGCGCAGUCUCUGUCUGCGUCUCUUCCGGAAAUGGGAAGUAAACAAACAGGAGAGGCUGAAACUGUUGUCAUCAGUCACCCUUCUAGAAAACAAUCAUCAUCGUCAUCGCCCCUGAAGCCAACAGCAUCAACCAAAUCAUCAUUGAUAAAAGUUCCCCGGAUGAUCAGAAUGUGUCCCUGCGACUGUCGAGUCUCUCGGCACAAUGCCACUGCAUCGAAGGACGAUUACAUGGACCGUCUGGCCGACCUCGCCAUCGAGACCAGCAACCUGUCCUCCACUCGCCGGAAGUUGCACAGUGCGCCGGACUCGCGAGCAUCGGCUAAGGCGAUUGGUUACUUUGGCGUCGCCUUGGUUACCGUCAUUUUCGGACUGCUCGUUAUUCCCGACGUUGUUAACGUUUUGUUCUAUUUAAAGCACUUGGAACAUAAGACCGCUCGCUCAGAGCAGGUCGCCAGAUGAGAUCAU